AUUGUACUGAAACCACUUUUGAAUGUGAAAAUGGACGUUGUAUCCCGAAGGACUUACGAUGUAAUAACUACGACAAUUGCGGUGAUGCGAGCGAUGAAAUAGAUUGUAAUUGUGAAAUCUACGAUCGAUCUUGUAACCCAAGUGGCAUUGGACUGUGCGUUCCAGAGCGAUGGGUGUGUGAUGGGUUCCAAGCAUGUGAUAAUGAAAACGAUGAACUCUUCUGUUAUUGUGGUGAACGUAAUUUCUUGUGCAGUAAUGGCAAAUGUAUCGACGCUCUCCAGGUUUGUGAUCUUAUUAAUGAUUGUGGAACAAAUGAAGACGAAGAUGGAUGUAUUAUUUGUCCCGAUGGUCUCAACGUUCCGGCGUUCAGAGUUUGCGAUGGACGAUAUGAUUGUGCUGACAGGAGUGAUGAAACACAGUGUGAAAGUUGUCCAGAAGGUUGGGAGUUAUGGCAACAUAGCUGUUACUACAUUUUAGGAGAUCUCGAAAGGACGUUCAGUGAAGGAGAACAGCUAUGUAACGAUCUCGGAGGUUUCAUUGUAAUUAUUGAAUCUGAGGAGGAAAAUAACUUCAUUUUUAAGAUUCUUCAGGAUUUUGAUCUUGAUAGCACCUGGAUUGGCAUUACAGAUCGUGAUGAGGAAGGUGUCUGGAAGCCUGUAGCACCAACAUUUUCAUCGUAUAAAAACUGGGACCGUGAUGAACCAUCAAAUAAUGCUGAUGAACAUUGUGGUAUAAUGAACAUUCAACUGAAUGGACUUUGGAAAGAUAUGGUGUGUUUCUGGGUUAGGUACACCGUAUGUGAAUUCAGACCAAUUCGUUUAGUUACCGGUAAGAAUCCAACCGAUGGCAUCGUUGAGCUUUUCUACAAUAAUGCAUGGGGCAGUAUUUGUAGUGAUAACUUUGGGAAAAACGAAGCUGAUGUAGUCUGUCGGCAACUGGGACUAGCGUACUCAGAGCCCCUGAUGUGUUGCUCUGCAAUUCAAUACAGUCACAUGUACUCCAAUAAGGUGUACAGCUCCAUUACAUGCACAGGGGAUGAGGAUAGCCUUGGAGAGUGUAAUAAGAUGACCGGAAAUGAAAACUGUGAUAGCAAUGCUGAAGCUUAUAUCAAAUGUAGCAAAGAAGGCAUACGGUUGAGUAGUGGUGAAGCAAUACACUCGGGGUUUGUAGAAGUAUUCAAGAAUGAUGCCUGGGGCACAUAUUGUGAUAUCCAUGCUGAUGAAUUUGCAGCGAACCUCACCUGCCAAAGUCUCGGAUAUGAUCACGUAACUAACUUCACCAACCAGGCAACAAUCAGCAUCUGGUCGGGGACACCGAUUAAUUUGGGAGAUAUCGAAUGCAGUGGGGAUGAAUCAUCCAUCUUCGAGUGUACAGAACCAAAUACCGUCCUGUGUCACCAUGAUCAUGACGUACAUGUGCAAUGUAGUACUGAGUGCAAACAAGAAUCAUUGAUAGCUGUUUCUCAGGUUUUGUUAGGUAUUCCUGUACAUGAAGACAUUAUCCUAGAGCCAUGCACUGUAAUGUCUUGGACGGCUCAUACGUCUGAAGGAUCAUUCAUUGAGCUGAAUAUUACAGGGAUAUCCAUGCUUGGAAUAGAUUCUGCCCAGACAUGUGUUGGCUAUUUCAACAUCUCUGAACCCGACGGAAAAUCCAGCAUAGGCCCAAUCUGUGGCGACGUGGGUCUAAUCCCAUUCGUUAGAUCAACAACGUCCCAACUUAGUUUGUUAUUGGGGGCAGGAUAUAGACGUCAGCACAUCGUAUUCAAAGCGGUGUUUAAUAACGUUGAGAAACCGGGAUGUGCUUUUCACGGUUUGGGAUUCAGUGUGUUAUGUGAACAUCCAUCUGCUAUGCUGGCAACAUUCAACUACCCUUACCAAUACAUAGGGGGUAGUAGAUACACUUGGGAUAUAACAGCGCCCUCUACGUCUCAUUAUAUAUUGCUGUCUUUUAAUGAUUUCGACAUACCUGGUUCAAGGACCUGUGAAAACGACUAUAUCACUGUGAAUACAGAUUUAAAAACUGACUCAGAACUGAAACUAGAUUUAUUUUGCAAUGCUAAUUUACCUCCACUAUACUUCAAAAGUAACCGACACAAAAUGGUAAUUACGUUUAACAGCGACUACAAUGACAACGGCCGAGGCUUUCUUGCCGAAUAUGACUCAUAUAGCUUUAGUAAUCCGUAUAACUCAAGUACCUCACUGUCUACAGGAAAGUGUCCAGUCGGUUGGAUAAGGUAUGCACUUUCGUGUUAUGUUUUCAAAAAAGAAGCAGAGUAUGUGACUUGGACCGGUGCAGAACAUAUAUGCCAGAGUGAAGGUGCUCAUCUUGUGUCCAUCAGGGAUUCAACAGAGAUGUUAUUUAUUCACUUUAUGCUGACCAAUGAUUGGAUUACAGAUAAUGAUGUCACCUAUAUAGGGUUAUCCCAGCAAAGAAACACGUUUUCAGUCUACACAUGGAGUGACGGUAGUCCUCUAAGUUACACAGCUUGGCACCUUACAACUACGGAGGAAAAGUUACAGGAUCGCCAGCCGCUAGGAGGCAGUCUUGCAGAGUGUACCGUCAUUGAAAUAGUAACGCUUCACUCCGUCGAUCAGUGGUUUGGGGUGGCUUGUGAAUAUCCCUCAACCAAUCAGUUCAUCUGUAAGAAACGUGAAAGUGAAUAUCAUCGUAAUACGAUACUCUAUCCAACAGCUGAUUCAACAACAAGUGACGCAUGUAGUGACAGUGAAUUUGAGUGUAAAAAUCUAGAAUGCAUCCAAGAGAUCUACAAAUGCGAUGGACAGUAUAAAACUCAGGAUAUCCAGUACUUUUAUGACUACUCUUUUCGACUGUGGCAGUGCCGGUAG